CUCCCUCCCCGGUUGUGUGUUGACAAACGGUACCGAUGCUCAUCUCUCGGUCCGGUUCCAACACCGUCGACAGCCCGAAUAAAAUGUAAUUUCGCGGGAUUGUAACGACGCUGCGACGCUUCGGGAGGAUUCUUCUUCUUCUUCAUGAAGCUGUGAAUCCGGUAACCGUUCACUACGUCACAUUUAACGGCUCCAGUCGGUGUUAGCUGCGAGGCUAGCUGCGUUAGCGCCGAGCUAACGUGAUAAACUCUGAACUGAAACCAUGCUGAAAUGGUUCUCCAGCGAGGAGGGCGAGCCCGGCUCUGUGGGCCCGGGCUCUCCCCGCGCCGCCGCUGGUGGCGGAGAGGUUGCUGUGGAAGAAAUGGCGGAGCGGCUCACCCAAACCGAGCAGCUGGUCGCUCAGCUGAAGGAGUUGAUCCGGGAGAAGGAUGCAACGCUUCGCUCCAAAGAUGACCAACUGAAGGUGGAGAAGGAGACGUGUGAGGCCAAACUGUCGAAGCUGCGUCUCCAGAACAAGGCCAAGGUGACCUCGCUCACGACACAGCUGGAGGAGCUGAAGAAACAACAGGGAGGUCAGGGCACGCCAACACACGGCAAAAAGGGCUCAUCAGAAGGAGGUGGAGAGCAAGCCAAUCGGGGAAAGAUCGUCCUGCUAAAGAAGAAGGUUGAAGAGCUGGAGCAGCAGCUCGCACAAAGAGUGGAGGAGCUGGAGAACAAGAGGAGGGAGGUCGAGUCGCAGCGGCAGCGAGGCGAGGAAAUGGACGCUAUGCUGAUGGAGAGGGACAGAAAGCUGGCAGAGAAAGAGGCCUACAUUGUCCACCUGCAAAUGGGGUUGGCAGGAGAUCAGCCCAUCACACCUGCACUACAACAACAGGUGUCAGAGGACAGUGGAGCGAUGCAGGAGCUGCAGCUGCUGGUGCAGAGCCUGACCAGGAAGGUGGGAGAAUCAGAAGAGCGCUACAGUUUGCUGCAGGAGCAGGCGGACAGCCUCAAAGAGCUGCUGGUCACAGAGAAGGAGCAGUACAGUCAGAAGGAGAGCAUGUACAAACAGAACAUCCAGACAUUCAAAGACAUCAUUAUUCAGAAAGAUAACCAGCUGAUGGAGAUCAACCAGAUGCACGAACAGGAGCUCUUCAAGUUAGCAGCAAAGUCUGAUGCCAGUGCAGACUUAGAGCAGCUUCUGAAGGCUCUGAAACAGAAGCUGCAUGAGAAGGAGGAGGUGCUGCUGGGUAAAACCCAGGUCAUUGAUGUUCUCCAGGGAGAGGUGGAUGGCAGGGAUCAACAGAUAAAGGAGCUUACAGAGCGGCUGCGUCGGCUACAAGUGGAGCGAGAGAGCCUGGAGUCCAAGAUGGAGGCAGAGAAGCAUGUGAUGCGAGCACAACUUCGCGACCUGAUGGAAAAGCAGCGGGCGGAGGUGCAGCGAAUGACUGAGCAGCAUCAGGCACAGAUGGCCCAAACGCAGCAGGAUCUCCUGGGGCAGCUGGAGGAGCUGAGGAGGGCCUCGAUCGCAGCACCAGUUGCCAGUCAAGAGGCCUCGGGAAGUGGAAACGUGCCCGUGGAUUCAGCCUCCAUCCAAAGGAUAGCUGACCUGGAAGCACAAGCAAAGAAAAAAACGGACGAAGCCAGCAGAUCAGAGGCCAAGUUCUUGAAAAUGAAAGCCUGGUCUAAGUCUCGGAUCAGACAGUUGGAGGAGGAGUUGAAGAAGAGCCAGGCCGGAGGUGCCCCCCCAGACCUGACUGCCCUGCGGACUCGUAUCACAGCACUGGAGGAGGAGAGAGAGGAAAACCUCUGGAAAGUGGAACAAUAUGAGGAGCUCAAAGCAAAGAACGACAUGCUGGAGGCUAAGCUGGUGGUAUAUGAGGAGCAACAGAGGACACUACAAGCAGACCUGGAGCAGUUCACCAAGAGGACUGCCUCUCAGGCCAGUGAGUCGGGCAGCGCCGACGACACUCAGAGCCAGGUGCUGGAGUGGCAGGAGAUGGUGGCCGAGGCGGUCAGCGCCAGGGAUCGAGCCAAAGAGGAGAAGGCUGCCAUGGUCCUCCGCAUCAGCCACAUGGAGGAGGAACGAGAGGAACUGAUUGAGGAUGACUGGUUCUUUCCUGGCUGCUCCGAUCCAGCACUGGCCACUCGGCAGCAGGAGUUGGAGGAGGAGCUGGCUCAAUCUCGGGGGCUCGGCCAACACAGGGCCAAGAAGCUGGCAGCUCCAGCCCAGCGAAGCCUGCAGGAGGACUUUGAAUUUGACGGUCAGGCCCCAUUCCAGGACCCGCGGAGCACCUCUGAGAGCACCACCCCGAUGGAGGGAGAGAACAUGGGAGGUUGGUGGCCCGAGUACAGUACUCCUGACACAGAUGGUUUGCGGUCCGUUGUGGAGGAGUUGGAGCUGGAAAGGAACCAACUGCAGGAGCAGAUACUGAGCCUGGAGGAGCGCUGUCAAGAUCUGGAGGAUCGACUGCAGUUGCAGGCCCGUAUAGAGACAUUACAGGUGACGUUUGAUGUAGAAGAUGAGCAGCCAUUUUGGGUCUCUCAGAAUGAGUCAGAGAAACUACAGAGCCAACUUGCCAGCGUCCGAAGUCAACAGAGCAGAGAUGCAGAGAAGCAUCAGCUGCUGGUUAGCAGUCUCAAUGAACAGCUUAAAGGGCUGAGUAACACACAGGAGUGCUUGGAAAGCUCUCUCAUCGAGAAGGAGAAUACGUUGGCCAAGACGUCUGAGAAACUUGAGCUCAUCAACAGCCUCCGAGAGUCUUUGAGUGAAAAAGAAAUUCUGUACAAAGAAGUGUCUGACAAGCUCCUUCAGACUGAGCACACUCUUGAGACUGUUUCCAAGAAAUGCAGUAGCUCAGAGAAACAGUGCUCUAAUUUGAAAACUGAAGUUGUCGACCUCACACAGAAGCUGAGUGUGCUGAAGGAGAAGACACAAAAGCAGGAAGUCACCAUAGAAACUUUACAAACUGAACUCGAUCAGACAAACGAAGAGCUGGACAAACUAAACACGGCCUACCUGGAAGAACGAGCCCAACUCAUUCAUGAUCUUCAAAGCUGUGAGCGGGAAAUUGAUAGUCUGAAAGAUACCCUAUUGGAAAAGGACAAAGAGAUAUCAACACUUUCUAGUAACAUGGCAGAAUAUGUGGAACAGGUCACAGUGCUGAAGCAGGAGCUCAAACUCAAAGAAGAGAACCUGGUUCAUGUAGAAAAUGCGCUGAGUAAGGCAGAGCGGGAGGCCAUGAUUAUCCGAGAGUCACAGAAUUCAGACCAGCAAACCCUGGAUAGCAAGAUCGCAGAGCUAGUCGGGAACCUCAAGGAUACUGAGAUGGAGUUGGUCAAGGCCAAAGAGGAAAGAGAGUCUAAAGUGGCUGAGGUGGAACUUCUGAUAAAGCACACUGAAGAGGACAAGAAAACUAUUCAGGACCUUCGAGGGCAAGUCCAGAAACAGAUUGUGAACCACCGUAAUCAUCUGUCUGAAUGUGAAUCACACAUCACCUCCCUAAAGGAACAGCUGACUUUAUCCAACCAAAAGCUCCAAGAGACAGAAGGACUUGUUGUCCAGCUCAAGGACAAAAAUACAAGCAAUGAGCAACUACAGCAACAACUUAAUGAUAAAGAACAGACAUAUGAAAAAGAGCUAAAAUCAUUUAAGGAUGAACAGAACAAACUUCUGGAACAGGUGGAAAAAUACAAUAAUGAAAUGCAGACGUUGUCCAAACAAUUACAGGAGCAAGUACAGAGUGAGGAGCACAUCAAAAAGGAGAUGACAGAGAAACUAGAAACCAUUGCGUCACUGGAAAACCAACUGAAGGCAACUGAUAAACAGGCCGAGGACGAGAGGCAGAAAUUCGACACUGAAUUGAAAGUCCGGGAUUCAGAAAAUGAGAAGUUGAGCAAUGAACUUCAAAGCAAAUCUGAAAACAUCUCCAAACUCAAGGGCCUAUUAAAAGGAAUGAAGACUGAGAAAAAGCAUCUGCAAGAAAAACUUGAAGGACUGACUAAGGAGCUUGAGCUUCAGACGCAGAAUUUAAAUCAACUUAGUGAAAAGGUUGCUUCUGCUCUUGAACUUAACAGCAGUCUUGAGAGUCAAGUACAUCACCUUACAGAAGAGAAAGAGAGACUUGAACUAGAACUUACUGAAAGUGUAAAAACUAUUUCAGAAGUUACAGCUGAAAAGGAAUCAUUGCAAGCCAACGUAUCGAUGUUUGAAACGCAGCAUUUGCAAAACAACACAAUAAUUGAAGGGCUACAAAAAGAUAAAGAGGAACUGACUGUUCGUACUAAUGAGUUAAAUAGAGUUCUUGAGCAAAGCACACACUCAAACUCAGAGAUUCUGCUGGAAAAAACAAAUGAAUGUAGUAAACUCAACCAGAUACUCAGGGAAAGGGAGGAGAAUGCGACACAACUGCAAGAACAAGUGCAAACCUUGACUUCUAAGGCAGACCAGCUCCAGCAUGACGUGGCAGAAAAAGAGCAGACUGUAAAUGAUCUUCGAGGACAACUAGAGGCCCAACAAAACCAGCAAACGCAACUUCAGGAAACAAUAUCUCUGCUUCGAGAACAGGAAUGCAGUCUGAAGUCUGGCUUAAUGGAGAAGGAUACAGUGUUGAAAGAAAAUCACAGUUUGCAGAAUGAAGUCACACAGCAGAAAAAUGUUGUAUCUGAGCUACAAGCAGAAACUGCAUCACUUAAUGAAGAACGCUCACAACUUCGCCAGCAAAUUAAAGAGAGAGAAGAAAAGUUGAAAAAUUUGAAACAGCAGUGUCAAAAACACAAAGACAAACUGAAUGAUACCAACAAGACUGUUAAGUCUCUGAGUGACCAAAUAAGUGUCAUGGAAGAAAAUUCCAGAAAGCUUGAGUCUGAAGCAGGGGUGAGGCAAACAGAGUUGGCUAACCUAAACAGCCACAUCCAGGCAGUGACUGAAGAAAACCACCAACUUCGUGCGGCCUGUGAAACCAGAGAACAGCAGCUUGCUCAGCAAACACAGGUUCUGUCUGAUCUCGAUGGACAGCUUAAAGUAACUCUUGAACAGAACUCCAGUUUUAAUGUGAAGAUUAGCAGCCUAACAGAAAAUAAUCAGAAACUACAAGAGGAGUUAGCACAGAACAUCAAAUCAGUUUCUGAACUAACCACUGAAAGGAGUUCACUCCACGAACAAAACUCUCGGCUUGAAAUUCAAAUCUCAGAGAAUCAGAAAAUAAUUGACGGCCUGUUGAAAGAAAAGGAGAUGCUUACUAUUGCAGCAGAUGAAUUAAAAAGAAUCCUCAAGGAAAGUGAACUGUCAAACUCUGCCGGUUUGCUUGAGAAAACAAGUGAAUGUGCCAAUCUAUCAAAAACAUUAACAGAGAGAGAAGAACAACUUCAAAGUCUACGAGAGCAAGUUGAUGGCUUACAAAAGCAAGUUGGUCAACUCAGCAAGUCCUUGAAUGAGAACAAGCAAACAGUGUCAGAACAGAGUUCACAGUUGGAAGCUCAGCAGAACCAGCUGCUGCAACUUCAGGAUACAGUAUCCAUGCUUCAGGAACAAGGAUCUGUCCUCAAGUCAGGGCUAAUGGAGAAAGACACGAUGUUUCAGCAGAAAGCAGAAGAAUGUAGCAUGUAUCAGAAUGAAGUCAUGCAACAGAAAACCCUCCUGUCACAGAUGCAGGGUGAGGUAGAGUCACUCAGGCAAGAGUGCUUGGAGGCGAAACAGCAGAUAGAGCAAAAGGAACAGACAUUAAAAGAAGUAACAAAUGAACUUCAAAACCACAAAGAUGAGCUGAAUAAACGAAACGAAUCAGUGAUUUCACUCAGCAGUCAGCUUGGUGCGAUGAAUGAGAAUGCCGCAGAGAUGGAGGUUGAAAUUACCAACCUAAAGACGGCUGUGCAAAAACUCACGGCAGAAAACUCUCAGCUGACACAGAAGGAGGACCAGAGGAAAGCAGAGAUAAUUGAUUUUAAAGACAACAAUCAAGCACUCAAUGAGCAGAAUACAAAAUUAAAAUCGGAGUUUCAAAAAACGAUCACAGAGCUGUCCAAAGCACACGAAGAAGUCACAUUUCUCAAAACAGCAUGCUUAGAGAAGGAUAGCCUCCAUUUGAUUGUGCAAAGAAAAGAUGAAUGCCUGCAACAGCAUGAGACUUUGAUCGAGCAGCUCAACAGUAGGAUUGCUGCACAGGAAGAGCAGCUGAAACAGAAAUCAGAUGACAAUGUCAGUUUAAGUGCCAAAGUUUCAGAUCUUGAAGAUUCUGUCUGUAAACUCCGAGGUCAAGUUGACAGUCUUACUUCAGAGUCAUCUGUACUGAAAAGUACUUUGGUGAAAAAAGAACAGUCAAGUCUUGAAUAUCAAAGUCAAUCUUCCACUGCUGUUGAACACCUCAAUUCAAAUCUACAAGCCAAAGAGGCAGAGUGUGAGAGUUUGAAAGAGCAGAUUUCACACCUUGAAGAAUCAGUUAUAAAAGUCAACAACACCCUCCAAGUACAGAUAUCUGAAGUGGAAAAUCUGAGAAAGGCCUUGGAUGAAAAAGAUGCAGCUCUUUUGGACCAAUCAAAGUCUCUUCAGGAUAUUCAAAGAAGAGCAGAUGAGGCUUUCCUCUUCAAAACUCAGUUCAUGGAAAGCACAGAGUUGGUGUCACAGCUUCAGAGUCAAAUUCAGUUACUGUCCAGUGAGUCUGAAAACCUCAAAAGGUCAGCAGAAGAAACACGAAGUGCCUUUAAUAAUCUACAGGAGAAAUAUGCAACUAACUUAGAGGAGUUGCAAGAUAUAAGAAAGCAACUGUCCCAAAGGACUGAUGAGGUGUCAAACCUUCAGAGGUUAUUGGAUGAUACCAAUAAUGAACAUCAGACAGCAAAGACCACUAUAGAAACACUGAGAAAUGAGUUAUCAGCGAUCCAUGGCAAACUUGAGAAAACAGAAGACUUAAACUCCAGUCUUUCAAAGGAAAAAGAGGAAGCUUAUGCUUCUCAUCAAGCAAGCGUGUCGCUGCUGACUGUUGAAAUAGAAAGACUCAAAUCACAACAUCUUCAAGUUGUGGCACAGAUGAAUGCACUGACAGAAAACCUUGAGCAGAGAGAAAUGGCUCUCCAUGCAAUUAACAGUCAGUUCACGUCGCAGGCCAAACACGCAUCUCAGCUGGUUUCGGAAAUGCAGAAACUAGAAGAGCAGAAUAAGAGGCUAAAUGAGGAGAUUAGUUUGUCAAAGGAAGAGCACCUGAAGCUUAUUACUGCAGUCAGUAAUGAAAACACACAUUUGCAAGAGGAAGUUAGAAAAGUUUUUGCAGAGAAGGAAGAGCUGGAAAGGAGACAUCAUCAAAUAUGGGCAUCGCAGGGGGAGCUGCAGAUUCAAAUGAAGCAGCAGUCCAGCAGCAUGAACGAAACAGUGGAGAAAAUGAUGUCCGAGAAGGAGAGCCUUCAAGCAAAGGUUAGUGCCAAAGAUGAAGAACUUUCUCGAUUAAAAGAAAACAUUCAAAAGAUAGAGCAAAUUCUGCAGGACUCUGAGAAGGAGUGGCUGUUAGUUCUGGAUAGAGAAAAACAGGAUAAAAAUCUACUUGCAGAACAAUUGAAAAGUGUUGAAAAUGAAAUGAAAUCUAAAGAUGUUAAAGUUAAUGCUUUGAAGCAAGAUUUGGACAGUCUGCAGGAGAAACUAGCUAAGGCUUCCUCUGCAAUUAAACAGGGUUCUGAUCAGCUGAGUGCAAAAGAGUUGGAGGCGUCAGCAUCCAGGAUUCAACUUGAGAAGGUUUUAGCAUCUGUCCAGGAAAAGGAUUGUGAAAACAAUAAUUUGCAGAGGGCUCUAAAAGCUGCAGAAUACGAGUUACAAAAUCUUAUACUUAGAAAUGAUUCUGAUAAAGAUUCCUCUGUCUUGCCACCAACCGCAUCUGAGAGAUCAGCUGCCUUAAAUAAAGAAAAGGCCUCUAUACAGGACAUGAUAAAACGAUUACAAGAAAGUCAUCAGUCAGAGGUUGACGCUUUGAAAAAUGAGCUGGAUAAAACCGUCACACAGUUGCAAAGAACACAGAACACACUUAAUGAAGGAGAGAGGAGUAAUGAUGAGAAGGGUCAUCAAGUUGCUCUUUUGCAAGAGAUGGUAGAGCAUCUACAGAUUCAGCUAAAUGCUGAAAUAGAGAAAGUAAAAGAAGCUACUGUCAGACACUCUUCUUUACACAGUGAAUCAGAAGCAAAAGAUGAACAACUCAACUGUAUGAGCAUUCAGAUAAGUCAGCAGAAGGAAUUACUUGCUGGGCUUAGUCAGCAGCUGAGGGAUAAAGAUGCAUCCAUCGCCCAAGUCAUAGAAUCUGCCUCAAAUGAAAGAAUGAAACUUAGUGAGGAAAAAACAUCUCUAAUAGCACAGUUAGAAAGCAUGGAGCAAGAACACAAAACCUCCAUGAAGAAGUUUGAAGAGAUUUCUCAGCAGUUAGAGGGACAUAUUUCACGCUCUCAAAGUGAAAUUGAAACCAACAAUUUAGAGAAGCUUGAGCUGAUUAAAGAAAAGGAUGCCAUAAAGAGUGAACUAGCAAAGGUAUCCAAAGAAAAAGAUGCAGUAAAGAAGAAGCUUCAAGCUUCUCUAAUUGUAAGAAAGGAUCUGUUGAAAAAAAUAGAGCAAUAUGAAAACCAAAAGGAAGAGAUUGUGAACAGUAAAGCAGAGGUUUCGCUUUUACAGGAUCAGUUACAGGAAGUAACAAAUCAAGCUCAAGCUGCUGUAAAAAUGUAUGAAGAGAACGUUUCUCUUCUUGAAAAGAAAAUUAUUGAGAAAGAAGGAGAGAUUAUUGAACAGAAAACUGAAAGUGAAAGACUUGAACAACAAUUACAGUCAGAAAAACAAAUUUUGCAAGCCACAUUAAAUGAGAAAGAAGUGUGUUUGUCAGAAUCUUUGCAAACACUGAGUGAGAAAAGCUACUUUAUUGAGCAGCUGCAGUCUAGUGCUGCUGGGAAAGAAGAAGCAUUUGAGCAGGACAAAAACAACUGGAUGCAGAAAUUAGAUGAGCUUCAAAGUGAAAUCAAGACAUAUAAAGAUGAGUUAAAAGAUAAAUCUUCCUCCACUGCUACUGCUGUCGACUUAGAAAAUGAGCUUGCGCAGAUGAAGCUUGAAAAGGCGAUGCUGCAGAAAAAGGCCCAGGCUGCCUUGCUGGCACGCAAAGAGACAAUGAAGAAAGCUCAAGAAAAUGAAAAGAAAUUAACUCAAGAACUAGCUGAACUAAAAGACGACUACAAGGCUCUCCUGGAACAACGCUGUCAGCAGACGAAUGAGCUGAACGCUGUCCAGUUAAACUUUGAUGAGAAGGUCAGGGAACUGGAAGACCUCCGUAAAACCUCUUUGUCUGAUCAAGAUGAACUGGACACUUUAAGGCAGCUUGUUGAGGAGAGGGAUACAACUCUACAAGAUCUGAAGAUGUCUCUGGCUGAGAAAGAGAGUCAGUGCCAUUCUCUAUCAACCUUGCAAACAGAGCUAGAAAAUGUUAAAUCCAAAUUUGAGAGCAUGUCUCUUGUGAUGGCAAGUAAAGACGAGGCUCUUGUUGUCAUGGAGCAAAGAGCAGAAGCUUUGAAAUCAAAACUUAAAAUGGUGGAGAGUGACUUAGAGAAAGCUUGUGCAGAAGUAAAAGAGAAAACAGAAGAAGUUGAGAAAUAUCAGGAAACUAUUAAAGUUGCUGAGCUAAAGACCGAACAGGAGAAGCAAGCAUUAUUUAGUGAAAACAUUGCUUUGGAGACUCGGCUAAGCAUCUCUGAUAGUGCACUGGAACAAUUGAAAGCAAAUGAAGAAAAAUAUCAACUCUUGAUGGAAGAAAACAAGACUCUUUUGGAGCAAAGUAAUCUAAUGAAAGUGGAACUUGAGACAGCAGUUGCUUUAGUUUCACAGAAAUCCUUGGAGGUUUUAAACAUCCAAAAUACAUUAGCAGAAAUGCAACAGCAGCUCACUGAGGAGCUUGAAAAAGCACAACUGCAUUGUACUGAAAAUCAAAGGAAUUUGGAUUUAUUAAAGCAAGAAAAAGAAAAUGCUUACAGAUUAAUUGAUGAACUCAAGGAUGAGUUAACUGCACUGAAUGGGCAACUGAAGGAGUCAGAGAAAGUAAAGAUGGCUGAAAUGUACGUCAAACAAGAUGUUAACAAAGAAGAGGUCGGUUUGUCUCGCAAAUGUGCUGAAAACUUUGAAGUGAAACUAAAGGAGAAAGCUGAUGCUUUGCUAGUUUCUCAGGCUCAACUUUCAGAAAAAGAAGAACUAAUUGCUGCACUUGAGCUGCAAUUACAGCAGCAAAUUAAAACACAUGAAAUUGCCAUUGAAAGGAUGAGAACCGAGACUGGUGAGUUUCAGAAAUCUCAAGAAGAUAGCACAAAAAUGAAUGAUCAGGACAACCAAAGCAAAGUUGCUAUUCUAACCAGGAAACUUCAAGCAGCUUUAGUUUCAAGGAAAGAAUUAUUGAAGGAAAAUGCAACGCUCAAGGAGGAAGUAGAAAAGCUGUCAGCCAAACAUGAAGCUAAAGAAGCCGAGGGCUUUGCUCUGGAGUCAUCAGUGCUAAAGUUGAAACAACAAAAUACAGACCUGGAAAACUCUGUGUCAUCUCUGAAAAAGGAAAAGGACAAGCUCAGCACCCAAGUUGAUGGCAUCCUCAAUGAUAAUCGCAGCCUAUCAGCAGCCUGUGACAGCUUGAAACUAACCAUUGAAAACAUCACCCAGCAGAAACAAGCUUUUUCAUGCCAGCUUGAAUCUCUUAAGGACUCCCAAACAGACGAGCUGUCCAAGUGGAAGUCGAAACACGCUGAGCUGAAACAAGAGUAUGAGUCUCUUUUACAAGCUUAUGAAAAUGUUAGCAGUGAAAUGGAUAAGAUGAGACAGCUUUUGGAGGGGGCCAAAAGAGAGCGGCAGGAAGCCAUCAGAAAAAUCCACAAACAAGAGACAGAGAUGGAGAAUUUAGAGAAGCAAGCUAGAGAAAUGGAGGAAGAAAAUGGAAGAAUUAAAGAGAGGAUGCACAAAUUUUCCAAAGAGAAACGGCAGAAGAUUGAAGAGCUGGAGGAACAGAAUCAGAAAGCUAGAAAAGAGCUGACUGAGCUUGAAGAAAAUCACAAAAUGGCGACAUGCAAGCUGACUGAUAGAAAUCAACAGUUGGAGGCUGAGAUUUGCAAACUUAAAGAGUCAUCAGAGGAUCUCAGAGAGAAACUUACUGAAUUACAGGCUGAAAACAACCAACUGGCAGAGAAGCUGGAAGAAUCUAGCUGUUCAUUGGAAAAGAAGCACUUGGAAUCAAAUACAUACACAAACAACAUGCAACUUAAACUUGAUGAAGCACUCAGUUUGAACAAUUCACUGACUGCCCAGAUUGAGGCCCAGAAAACAGAACUCAGUGCUCAAUUGGAAAUCAACAACUUGUUACAAAAGGAGAAGCAAAAUCUGUCUGAAAGAAUUGAAAAGAUACAAAAUGAUCAUGAAUUGCAGUUGGGAGAGAAAGACGAUGUCAAUAAAGAACUCAAAGACAUUAUUAACAGACACAGCCAAGAGACUAUUAGCUUAAAUGAGAAGGUGAGAAUCUUGGAGGAUGAUAAGUCUCUUCUGCAGGAGGAGCUUGAAAAUGUUCAGGAGAUUUCAGACAAGGUGAAAAAUGAAAAUGAAUAUUUGGAAACUGUGAUCCUCAAAAAUUCUGAAAGGAUUGAUGAACUGACUGAGUCUGUCACUGUUUUGCAAGCCCAAAACAUGCAGCUGUCCUCUCAAUUGGUGGCUAGUAAAGAGAUGAGUGAUCAAGUUCGUCAAGAAAAAGAGGAGGAGCAGCUCAGAUUAGUCCGAGAGUUUGAGGAGAAACUGAAGACAGUUCAGAGAGGCAACGAGGGCACCAAGAAUGUGAAGAAAGAGCUGCAAGAGCUCCUCAAGGAAAAGCACCAGGAGAUAAAUCAGUUGCAGCAAAACUGCAUUAAAUACCAGGAGCUGAUUUUAGAUUUAGAGAGUUCUUUGAAGAUCUCACAGUCAGCUUUUGAAAACUUCGAGAAAGAACUGAAGAAAAGCUCAGAGAAAAUAUUAGUUUUAGAGGAGAGAAAUAAACAAGUUGAAGCUGAGCUAAUUACGCACAAGAAUCUCCUCCAGCAGGCCACAGAAAAGAUUUUGAGUGUCGAGUCUGAAAGAGACCAGCUGGCCCUGGAAAUAUCACAGAAAAGUAAAAAGUCUGAAGAUCAGGGCACGGAGAAAACCAAAUCACUACAAAAUAUAGAUGAGAAACAAUUCAAUUCUUACAUGGAGAAUCAAUAUGUGUUACAGCAACAGAUAGAGGACCUCAAGGAGUUAAAAGAUAAAGAAAGUCAAAAAGUGAAUGAACUGAGGCAGCAACUGGACUCUCAAGAUCUACAGAUGAAUACUCUGAAAAGAGCAGCUGAGACUAAUGAAGCCAAGCUGUCUGCUUUAUCUGCCACCGCUCAAGGUGCAGAGGCUGCCAAACUUUGGAACGGUUUAUACCAAAAGACGUUAAACGAGAAGGAUAACCAGCUCCUUGAACAGGGUUUUGUGAUCAAACGAUUCCUUGAAGACAUGAGAGUGAAAGACAAAGAGGUGAAUGAGCUACGAGUGACCAAGUCAAGAUUGGAGAGGACGCUCAAUGAGUACUCUGUUGCUGCCGCUGCUCAGCAGAGACAGCUGUUUGUCAUGAGCGCAAGCAACGCUGAACUGACUGAGACCGUGGAGCUGAUGUCUGUGCAGGUAAAGGAACUCAGUGCUCACCUUGAAAGAAUAGAACAAGAUAAAAACACACUGAACCGACAGCUUGCUGACAAAGAAGAUGCGAUUUCCCAAAUGCAGCUAAAUCUCCAGCAAAUGGAGAAGAUGAAUGCAGACUCUGAUGCUCAGCUGCUGCUUUUACAGUCUCAAAAUGACAAACUUCAGGCUGACUUUGAGAAGCAGGAAGGAAUUUCUCUGCAACUGAAAACACUCCUCCAGAGCAAAGAUGCUGAGAUCUCAUCCUUGCUGUCCUGUAGAGACGGACAGAUGUCAGGAUAUCUAGAACAACUCCAGGCUAAUUAUCGCUCCCAGGUAUCAGUGUACGAGGACAGGUUAACAUCGUCGCGUUACCAAAGAGAAAAAGCUGACAAAGAGCUAAGAGGGCUUGAAGCCAAGGUCAAAAGUCUGCAAAUCAAAAUCAACAGGUCUACCCAGGAAAAGGAGCAGAUGGCUGCUAAGAUGGAGUCGUUCAAGAAUUCGAUGGUGUCUUUACAGAGUGAACGGGAGCGACUGAUGUCAGAAUACAGAAUACUUGAAGCAAAGAGUCAGUUAGGGUUAACGGGUAAAGAGGGCUCUCCUGACGGGGAAGGUGGUGCCACCAAAGGCCUUAAACAUGAAAUAAGAAAGCUGUUACAUCAAAUGGAUGAUCUCAAUUCAGAAAACGCUAUGCUCAGGGCACAACUGGUUCGGUACAGAGAGGAUCUGAAUCAGGUUUUAUUCCUGAAGGACAACCAGUUGAAGGUGCUUCUGAAGAAGCAGCAGGAUGUGAUCAAAAACCUUGAAAACCAAAAGGCUGCAGCUGAAAAGCAACACAGAGAGUCUCGGUUGGAACUCCGAAAGGAAGAAGAGGCAAGCAUUACUUUAAAAGCAGAGAUCUCUAAACUUACAGCUCAGGUGUCCUCACAGGAAGCUAAUAUAUUAACUCUAAAAAAGGAGAGAGCCACGACAAAUGAAGGCAAAGUGAUUGUCGAUUUGCAGGAAGCUGUGGCGGCCAAAGCAGCUGAGUGUAAUGACCUCCAGCAAAAACUUCUUUCUCAGAAAGUCCUUAUUGAUGAGCUCAAGGGAAAGAUGCAGCUGGUGGAAAACGAAACAGACAAAAAGCUGGCUGAAGCUGAGGACAAAUACAACGGUGAGCUGGACGCCUUCGAGCGCGAGGUGGAGCUGAUGAGAAACGAGCGGGAGACAGCUGAUCAAAGGGUGGCAGAGCUCGCAAAAGACCAACUCGAAAUGGAGCAACAGUUAUCAGAGGCCAAAACGCAAAGCAAAGAAAUGAGGGCUCAAAAUGAGUCCCUGUGCAAAGCCAUGGCUGCUUUGCAGAAUGACAGAGACCAACUCAUUGAAGAUUUCAAGACCCUGAGAAACAGAUAUGAUGAAGAACUCAGAGAGACUCAGGCAGCCUUGAACAAGGUGGAGCGCAGUCUGCAGGAUGCCACCUCUGACCUGGCGAUGUUUUCCAAAGAGAGGGACGUCCUUGUUCAUAAAUUAAAGGCUUUAGAGAGCAAAGACGCACACACAGAGCUGAACAAGUUGUUGGAUGAGCUGUCGAAGGCUUUGUCAGAGAAGGAGAGGGAACUGAAGCAGGUCGUCCUGGAAAAUGGCACAUACAGCAGGCAGCUGGCAGCGUUCUCCAGAUCCAUGGCCAGCCUCCAAAAUGAUCGCGACAGAUUGAUGGAUGAGUUGAGUGGGGCCAAAAGAGUGGUUGAGUCCAGGCAAGGCUCAACUCCCCUAGAGACUGUCACCUCCAUGAGUCUGGAAAAGUCAAAAGGAAGUGGCGUCCACGCCCUCCCGAAUGAGAAGGAUGGAGCGGAGACGAAUCAGAAGAUGCAAACUGACGGAGUGCCACCUGAAGGAGAAAUCAGCAGCUACCAGAAAGAACCAGCAGAUCUGAGGGGUCAGUAUAUGCUGAGGUUGCACCUGGAGCCCCCCAGGAGAGGAGCAACAACUCCAUGAGUGCUGAAACUGCUGAAGCCGCUCAGCUCCAAGAAAGGCUGCUCGAGGUGGAGCAGAGUCUGGCAGAUGAGAGAGCCAGGAGAGAGACAGCUGAGGAGGCUCUGCGUCUCUCUGAGGACAGAGCACAGAGUGUUGGUUCCAGCGCGUCCAGAGACGGUCAGAGAGACUUCAGUAUCGAGAUGGAAACAGAGGAAGAGUGGGAAGCUCUCAGUCUCAACCCAAACCAGCCUCUAAUAACACGGAAGGUGAAAGGCGGCAUGGUGGCGUGCCGACGGUGGAUCAGAGGGCGGAGCCUCUACUUCUCCAGGCUUCUGACGAGCCGCGCCCGCUCUCGAUAUUUCUUUCUGGCCUAUUUGCUCACAAUUCACGUGCUCGUCCUCAUGUGCCUCACUGGUGCCCUGUAGCAAGGUCACACUGGGAAGUUCCAGCAUUUUUAUAUUCCAUCUGUGUUUAAAGCUUGGGAAAACACUAAAGCCGGCACGCGUACAGCGUUCACAGGUCCCACCUGUCCUCCUUAAUGUCGCGUUACGUCACCUUACCUGCUCAGUCGAUGACAUCACGCUCUGCUAGAUGGACGGAUAGCAACAACGACGAGGAUUUCAGGCGCAAUCCUUUAGAUGUAAUGUCACUUUCAUUUAUCCGUGGUUUUGUGAGACUUUUCUUAAACUACAACUGAGAUUUUUUUUUAUUUUAAUGAUGUAAUGUAACUCAAGCCUUAAAGCACGAGUCUCCCCUUCUUUCCUCCAGAAGCAGACCCUUCCUUAGUCCCGCCCCCUUUUUGCUCUGUGCUCCAAUAACAGUUGAGCAAGCAUCGAUCAGCUUCCUCCUUUACUGUACUUAGAUAUGCUA